GAACGCACGGCGAGCUUCCAUUUUACGCACCGAGGCAUCCAGAGCCCCGCCGGAGCCCGGACCGACCACGCGUCGCUGUGCAGGCAUUCUGCUUUCGGCGAAGCUGCGAUCUGAAGAAGCAAAACGCAAGCUGCUCUUUCAUCUCGUCAGCUUUGAGGAGGAGGCGGCGGCGAGGGACCAGGGGUGUCCCCCCGUUUGUGUGUAACUCCGCGUGUGUGCGUAUGUGUGCUGUGUGUGUUUGGAACAAGAGAGAGAGAGAGAAGAGAGAGAGAGAGCGAGAGAGCGAUACGAGGGUAAAACAGAUCGGACGCGCGACGCGGGAGACAGCCGCUUUUGGACACGUUUUGGAGACAGAAGCUGCCCGACUGCAAAGGCUGCACACGGAAAAAUAAUAUAAACAGAACUUACUUUGCAUGACCUCUUACGUCCAUUCAUUUUUUUUCUUUGAAGUGUUAUUUUGUAUUCUUUCGGGGAGCUUUUAAGCGUCUCCCGAUCUGCUGGACAAGUUUGGCCGCUGAAGCACGCACCUCGGGACUCUGACGCAGACGUCUCUCUGACUUCUUGCUGCUGGAGAUGGGCGCAUCUGAGGCCAAACUGCGGUAGACGGAGGGCUCGGUGCCGCUGUCCUCUUUUCCUCCUUUCUCUGCAAAGUGGACCCACUUUUGAAAGAGCGUGUUUUUUUUCUAUCUGGGCCUAAGGCCGACUUGUUUAAAGGUCCUUUUUCUGCUUCCGGCAACAGCGAAGAUACUAAGUCUUCCUCCCUCAGCCCUCACUCCCUCUCUCACUUUUUUGGAAGCUGAACUUUUAAAGGAAAAUGGGGCACUGAAAGGGUUGGCAGAUCUCCCCACCCUAUAAUGGCUACUGACACCUACCUGGUGAACGACGAUCCUUCUAGAGGCCAAGGGAUGCCUGAAUGUUUCCUCGUGUCUGAUACAUAUAGGGAUGAAUUCCACCCCUUCAUCGAGGCCCUGCUGCCCCAUGUCCGCGCCUUUGCCUACACCUGGUUCAACCUGCAGGCCCGCAAGCGCAAAUACUUCAAGAAGCACGAGAAGCGCAUGUCCAAGGAGGAAGAGCGCGCAGUGAAGGAUGAGCUGCUGGGGGAAAAGCCAGAGAUCAAGCAGAAGUGGGCCUCACGCCUGCUGGCCAAGCUCCGCAAGGACAUCCGGCCUGAGUUCCGUGAGGACUUUGUGCUCACCAUCACGGGGAAAAAGCCCCCCUGCUGUGUGCUGUCCAACCCUGACCAGAAGGGCAAGAUCCGUCGCAUCGACUGCCUGCGCCAGGCCGACAAGGUGUGGCGGCUGGACCUGGUGAUGGUCAUCCUGUUCAAGGGCAGCCCUCUGGAGAGCACGGAUGGCGAACGGCUGGUCAAGUCACCACAGUGCACCAACCCUGGCCUGUGUGUCCAGCCACACCACAUCGGAGUGUCCGUCAAGGAGCUGGACCUAUACCUGGCCUACUUCGUCCACACGCCAGAAUCUGGACAAUCCGACAGCUCCAGCCAACAGGGGGACACAGACAUCAAACCACCACCCAAUGGGCACCUGAGUUUCCAGGACUGCUUUGUCACCUCAGGGGUGUGGAAUGUGGCAGAGCUGGUCAGAGUGUCACAGACACCUGUAGCCACGGCGUCAGGUCCUAACUUCUCGCUGGCUGACCUGGACAGCAGUCCUAGCUACUACAACAUCAACCAAGUUGCUCUGGGGCGACGCUCCCUCACCUCCCCUCCUUCCACCAGGUCUGAGGUGGAGUUGUACGCAAACCUUCCACGGAGCUCCACCAAGAGGAAGUCAUUAGACGACAGUGAGCUGGAGAGCCCCACGGAUGAUGUUUUCUAUCCCGGACGCUCGCCUGCUGCCAGCUCCUCCCAGUCAAGUGCAUGGCCCAACGACAUGGAUGCAGGUACCCCCUAUCCCACUCCCACCUGUCACCCACUAGUGCAGCACCAUUUGGCGAGUGUGCAGGAGAGGAAGAUAAAACAUGAAAACGAUGGCGUGCAGUUUCCUUACCAUGGACUGUCCUCGCCUGGUUCACUUAAGAAGCCGGGGAAGUUUGAUUUCAACGCCCUGACUUCCCAGACGAGGUCCCCCCGCAUGGCGUUCACACACCACCCGCUGCCUGUGCUGGCAGGAGUGAGACCAGGGAGUCCCCGUGCCUCAGCCUCAGCCCUGCAUUUCCCCUCGUCCUCUAUCAUCCAGCAGUCCAGCCCGUACUUCACCCACCCCACCAUACGCUACCAUCACCACCAGGACCCGCUUAAGGAGUUUGUGCAGUUUGUGUGCACCGACGGCACAGGACAGCCCAGCACACAGCCUAAUGGAGGAGGCCAGAGCAAAAUGCCGGGCUCCUUCCUGCUGCCCCCGCCACCCCCGGUGGCGCGCCCUGUGCCCCUCCCCAUGCCCGACUCUAAAAUCAUCAGCACGCCCACUGACGGCGGACUCAGCUCACCCGCAUCUCCGUCAUACUCCACGCCAGGCUCCACAGCUCCCAACCGGUUUGUCGGCAUCGGAACACGGGACAACUUUCUGAAUAUCCCCCAGCAGACUCAGUCCUGGUUCCUCUGACAAGGCCUCCCUGAAUCAAGAGCUUAACGUGUGUCAUAAAAAAAAUUGAAAUUUGAUUAAAAAACACAUCACCACUGAUUGAGAACAGACUGCUGACACUAAAAGGUAUUUUUCUCUAGCCAACACUAUUCAAACUCCUUCUACAGAACUCCAAAAAGCCCCACACCACCCCAAAAGGACUCCCAAUCCAUCACAAUUUGAACACUAAACGUUCAUCCCGCUUUAUGCAGGAGGCUUCAAUGAGAUUGUGUGGACAGACUAAGAAUGCAAGAAGAAGGAAGACAAUGAACUGUCUUACACACCACCACCAAACGUCUGAGAGGAAACACAAUAUGGCAACCUGACAAAUGACCAAUUGUACAUUUGUUGUUUCUUUUUUUAUGAUUUUUUUCCCUUCAUUUUGUUGUCUCCACAAUGAAACUCCAUGCAUUGGCUGGGAGAUCCAAAAAAGUAGUGGUAAAUGGUGAAGUCGGAUGCGCAAGUUGAAAAGAUUUCCACCCAGAUUUGCAUGCUUCCAUGUGUGUGUACUACCCCAUGCAUCUUUCCUCUAGGUGCAUGGUCCCACCUGACCCCAACACCCCCCACCUAGAGCUCAGUGCUGCCCAUGUUCCAGACCGUUAACAGCAGCCACAUGCCUGUGUGUCACCACCCUCUGCCGCUUCAUUCGCUCAGCCCUGAGCCUCUUUUCAUUUUCUGAUUGGCCAAUCAUGGUGACACCAUCGGAUGGUGUGACAUAUAUGCACUAAGUGGCUGGUCUUUGUUUACCUGUCAAACUAUCAGGGCAUCCUGCUGUGGGAGAAGUGAUAGCCAUGAGGCGAGUGCGAGCGAGCGAACACACGACAGUCAUAACACUAACUCUACAUGUGCUCUUUCGUCCCCUCACCUAUGCACUAUUAAUUUUUAAUAAGGGAUGAACAGUAUUGCACAUUGAUGGUCAGAUAAGCGAUUAGAGCAGUGAGUUGAGGCUGGCUGCCACUGCAGGGUUGUGGCUGUGCUAACAUUCAAGUCUAGGCCCUGAAGCAUGAACCCCCCCCCCCCAAAAAAAACACACACACACACACACACACACACACAAAUACAAAUACAAACCUACCUACACACUUGCAUUCUGACCAUCUUCUCCAGAACAGUCUGUCACACAACCACUCAUAUCAUCUCAUUAUUCAUAGACAUGGACUUUAAUUUACAGUAAUCCACAGCCAUCAUCAGCUUCAUAUUAUUAGCUUUCAAUUUGUUUGUGUUUUUUGCGUUUUCCUUUUUUUGUGUGCCAGAUUUGGUUUUGGUCUCACUUGGACUGUUUUAACCUUCUCUUUCAUGCCAUAACACUUUUUUUUGUAGUUUGCAGUAAUUCUUCAAGUAUCAUGCUCAGAUUUCAGCAAAACAGGAAUAAUAAUUUCUCAGAUCUCUUACAUAUGAACAGCACAGUGAACAGCAGCUCAUCACAUGCAUCCCUUGCAUUGCUUCACCGUGUAUCCCUUAGUCCAUUCCCAGGAAGUUCCCAGUGGUCUACACACAUAAACACACACACACACAUAAUCACAUACACACACAGACACACAUAUAAAAGGCACACUAACACCACAAACAACCUGACAUUAAAUAAUAAAGGGAAGCCUUUAUAUUUGGUUCUCCAGACUGCAUUUGUUAAUGGUUUUUCAUUCACGUAACAUUUGUCUUUUUAAUUUGAGAUCUUUUUUUUCUAUGUAAAUGUUCACAUUGAAAAUUUGAUCGGUAUUAUUUUCAUCAUGACACCAUCCCAUCCAACAAAAAGCCGACCUCACAAAAUAACUUGACUGCCUAGCUGUUGGUUCUUAUUUGCAGGGAUAGUAAACAGGCCUGGGACUUGUUCUCAGCCUCUCUAGUAACAUUAGCUCUAUGUACUAAAACCAUAUAUCAAGACUAUAACAAUAUAUGAAAGUGCCUCUGUAUUCCCUUCAUGCAAUUAGUUAUAAACUUGACUUCAGGUUCUCUUCCCACAUAUAAGCUAAAGCUACAGGGAAUGGUAGCGUUGGUGCAUGUGGAAACCAUUGGCCUAGGACAGAUCUUUAUAGAGGACUGCAAACUUUUUUUGUAAAGACAGAGAGAGAGAGAGAGAUCUUAUACAUAUAUAUUUAUGAUAUAUGCUCCUUUUUAACUUUUACUACAUGGAGCUGGUUGGCAGUCUAGUUAUUUUCUGAACUUUCACCCCCCCACCCCUCACCCACCCACCCGCCCACACAACCCAUCUCAGUGACAUCACCUUACAGUUACCAGUACGAAUCAAACGACACACGCCAUCUGCAGCGCAGCAUUAUAAUACCUAGAUGAACAUGUCAAAAAUCGACAGUAGGUUUGAAGAAGAGGUGUUUUUUGAUGGAAAGUAUUAUUAUUGAAAUAUAUGUGUCGAUUGAGCCACGUGCAAUGCAUUGGGUAGAUCAUUGUGUUUGUCUGUUAGAGAUUUUUAAGAAAGUUAAGAGAAAAGAGAAAAAAAAUGUAUUUGUUUCAAGUCCGUAAGCUCCAGGACUCUAAACUAGAGGGCCAUGAAAAAUCCUAGUCUUUGUAAGUUGGGGGUAUUUGUUUUUAUUUCCUUUGUCUCUUUUUUAAUGUUUUAUGUGUAAUCGGUUGUUGAUAAAAAUGUGGGAGGGCUGAAGGAAAAAAACAAUUCUACACAACUUAAGAAAAACAAAUCUCUAUCAUCAGAUGAAAACUGGUGCUUUAACACUAUAAAGUACAUUCAGCAACUAUUAUAAAUGAAUGGUAAUGAACAAAAAUAACAGACCAUUUAGGAAACAGCAUUAUUCCUCUCUCUAUUUUUAUUCUUCUAUUUGUAUUGAGUGGGGGGGAGAGGUUCCUUUUAAGGUUGUGACACAAAAGGCAUUUUGGUUCAACCUUUAGAAAAUAACAAACCUAUAAUGUCAAGAAACUCUUUAGAUAACUUACCCGUGCACUGCCUGAAACUCACCAGCAACAAACAAAACAACCCUACCAUUUUAUCACAUUUUCAUCUCAUGCAUUGGUAUAAACCUUACAAGUUAUUCCCUGUACUGCAGGAGAUGCUUUACAUCCAGACCUUUUUUCUUUCCAUGAUCAUUUUGAUAUUCUUCUGAAUCUACAGUAGAGUUGGAUCAAAUUGGGCAGUUUGUGUUGAGACCCACAUGGAAAGAGUAAAAGGUUAGAUCUUCUGUAGCCUGCACAAAUAACAAACAGGGCAACAAAGAAAGUAGAAAAAAAACAUGAAAACAGGCAGCAAGGAGCCUCUCCCAUGUUCCGCCCCCUCCUCUGUAAAUUACUCUUAUAGUGCUUGUGCUGUAGUGUAUAGUUUCCCAGCAGUUAAAGGUUGUCCCUUAAAAGUGCCUUUUGUUCACAGACUCCAUUUUGUAAUCCAGAUCUGCCCUUUUUUUUUAAAUGGUUCGAGGUAGCAGGUUGCCCCUGAGUGCCGCGAGGAGGCAAAAUGUUGUCGCCCAUCCAGCGCUCAGGGACAACUUUUAUUUCCUCCUGCCUUUGAAAUGAAUCCCCUCCAUUAUACCUCCCCUAUAUGCUCUCUUCCUUUUCAAAGCUGUGUGUGUGUGUGUGUGUGUGUGUGUGUGUGUGUGUGUGUGUGUGUGUGUGUAUGUAUACACACACACACACACACACACACACACACAUACAAAAAGAAAACUGGUGUGAAUUAGUUCUUUACUUUUUAUUGAUAAUGACAAAAAUCUUUUUUGAAAAGGCAAAAAAACUUGUUCUCGUUCAGCUCUUGCUUUUUUCUUCCCCUCUGUCUCCAAUGUCUGUUUUCUCUUAGACACUGGAGUAGUCUGUAACUGUGUCCGUCACUUUCCGUCUCUCUCUCUCUCUCUCCGUCUCUCUGUCGCUCUCUCUCUCGCUCUGUCUCUCUCUCCUGCCCUCUCUGCUGUUGGGAGGGUGAAAAAAAAAAUUUGCUGAAAAAACUUUUGUCUGAGCAGAAUGCAGUUAGCUCACAUGUUAUUCUUGUCUGUAUGCUUCACAUUGUAUUACCAUACCCAUCUUCUUCAGCUUCUCCAUUCAGCAGCUAAUGUAAGUGAACAAAUUACACUGACGGGCUUUUGGGGGUGUCCUUGGGUGGUUUAUGAAAGGAAGCCAGGGGUUUAGGUUUAAAAGGUUUACUGAGAAGAUUAGCAGGGUCGAGAAGGCUGGAUGAACUCCUUUGGGAUGUUGGAAAGGGGCUGAGUGGACUACAAUAAGUUGGUUAUAGCUAUUUAUUUUUGAAUAUGCUUUAUCCCCCCCCCAUUUUUUUCUUUUCUUUUAAUCUGGAUUUCUUUUAAUAUUUGCUAUCAGGGUAUGCUGUCAUUUAGGCUCUCUUCAAGGAUGCCUUUGGACUGUAAAUGAAAGCUACAAGCACCUUAUAACCGGACUUGUCCUGCACGAGGCUGAAAGAGGGGGGUUGCAUUUUUCAGGACAUAUCCAUAUCCACAACCAUUCAGACCAAUAUUUUAAAGUGAAGUAUUAUUGUUCACGGUGUCAGCAGUAUUAACCAUUUACAACACACAAACCAGAUAGAUUAAAGGCCAGCAUGAACCUGAACUCUGAUUUUUGAGGAUUCAGGGAAGUCCCUCCAUUGUUCUCCUCUGACCACCUCAUGCUGGACUGCUCCGUGUCUUUGCUCGGUUUAUUUUGUUCUUUAUCUUGCGUGUAUGGUUAUUGGUGUAAUAGGCAGCACCCUAGGUCCCCUGACUCCCAGCUCUUCUACUCCCUCAGUGCAGCACCACUUCUUUGUGAGAACACCCCCAGAGCUCUAAGUGAAAUGCAUGUGUUAAUUACAGUUUCUUUUCCAUAAGAAGAAAAACACAGUUUGAAAAGAGCAGCACCUGAUUGAAUAAAAAGGAUGUUCUUGACUGUA